GAGACUUCCAAUGCUAAUGCAAAGUCCAACUCAUAGGGGAACAAACUGUUAACAAAUAAUUGAAAUCACAGGUUUGCAAGAACAUUUGUUCACCUGGGCUUAUGGCUUACAUAGAUAAUAAGCAAAAAAUUAUCCUAGUAGUAAUUUUUUCAGUAGUUUUACUGUCUUCUUCUCCUGUAGUGCUUGCUAAGCGUCACCCAAUCUCUGAUGCAGAGAUCAGAGAGAAGAAACUCCAAUGUUAUGCUGACAUUGAGAGUGGGUUGUUGGGUCAGAAGUGCCAGGUUACAGCAGUAGAUAAGGAGAAUUGUGCUCUACAAUGCUUGUCACCAGUUUGUUAUGAGCGCGUUUAUCAAAGUGAUCCUUUGGAAGAAGGGGAAAAAGAUACUGUAAGGAGUCAAGAAUACAAAUACUGCAUGCACAAGCAUUCCCUUGGGCAGAGCUUGGAUGAUAUCAAAGGUUCCUUCGAGUGGUAAAUUGACAAAUAUGGCAGCAUGGCCUGUGGAUUCCUGCGUCUUAUCCCAUUAACAAUUUCCUGUUGUAUGUAUGGUGUGUGUGUCGUGUGAUGCUCAUUGAUUUAUACUAAUCUGUAACGAAGUACUCCUUUCAGAUAUUAAGGUUCUUCUUUCCAUUUCUUUCCCUUGGGAUGUUUGGGAACAACUUAUUUGCUUUUAAAUUCCCUUUAUCUUCGUGACACUAUGUGGGUAAUACUUGUACAAAUUUAUUUCAAUUCAACCAGUUAUAGCAUGUUAUUACUCUA